GGACGGGCGGUGUUCGCGUAGCGAUCGCUGGUGACAAACGGUUGGCGUGUAAACGACGCACCGCGCGAUGAGUUUGACAGCGGCAACGAUCGACGUCGAGUGACGCGCUUCCUCCUUCUCCUCUUCCUCUUCCUUUACUCCCCUUCGCGUACACCCGGAGUAAAAAAAUCCGGAGUAAAAAUCCACGAGAGCGACCGUUCGACAUGAGACGAGAGAGAGAUGCGAUCGACGAGAGUCCCGUGACAAAAUAAGGUCUCGCCAGGCAUUUAGCUGUAUUAUUAUGGCAGAAUGGACGAACGUAAAUUGCUACCGUUGCUGAUACUCUUUCUGGCAGGAUGGCAGGAAGCAGUGGCUGUGGUACCAAUACGGUACAUUGCUGCGGAUGUGGGUAAAGAUCUGAAACUGGCCUGUGCCGAGGAGAGUGAUCUUUUACAUUCUGAAGAAUUCAAUGUGAUGUGGAUAAGAGAGGGACGGGAGGAUGGACAGGCAGAGCGGCUGAAAAUUGAACCGAAUGGUGCGCUGAAACUGUUAAAUGUCAGCGUGGAUGACGCCGGCAAUUACUCGUGCACCUUGGACGAUAUUGUGAAAGCUAUUAUCAAUGUGGAAGUCAAAACACCUCCCCCAGCCCUGCACAAUGUAUGGGUCAAGCCAUCCACGAUAUUGGCCAAUAUUCUCUGGGAAGUGGCUGAUACCGGCGGAUAUCCUAUCAUAGACUUCACUGCCGAAUAUCGUUUGAAACCAGUCGCGGGCGAAGAUCCGGAAGAAUGGAAGCCCAUUAUUCCGACACACAUUCCUCCAAAUUCUAGACAAAUAGAUGUGUAUCAUUUGGUGCCAAACACUACAUACUCGUUCCGAGUGUGGGCAACCAAUCAGCUGGGAAAAGGAGAGAUCGUGGAGGUCGAGGGUCACACGCAUUACAGUGUAGAAGAAUUGGAGCUCGCCCGACACCUCUUAGCUGGCGUAGAGAAUUUCGAUACACGCGUCUGGGUGGCAGCCGUAGGUAUAGUGAUGGGCACACUUAUGAUUCUUGGUUUAGGUACUUGUUACCUACUGUAUCGCGAGUGCAAGGCACCCUCGCAGCUGGAGGAGCAGGAGGUGAUUGAGCUCGUCCCCAACAUCAUUCUGAAUCCGGGAUUUUUCGACGAGCGCACCGAGCACGUACCACAAGAUGAAAACUUCAACAAUCAGACGACUACACGCCUCAACAACAACAGCGUCGUGCAACCUAGACGGCUUUAGCAUUUUUUGUUUAGCUUAGACUUGCUCCGCUCCGAAGUGAGUAAAUUGGACGUUUUCUACGUCAUCUCGAACGUAAGUAACCGAAUUUAAUCGGAAAGGCCUCGAGUUUGUCUAUAAAGAAAGAAUGAAAAACGAUGAUGGACGAAAUUGAUAGACUAAAAAACGCAAGACUAUUAGCGAUCAUGGCGAAAGGAGAAUACGCUUCGGGGAAAUUUCGGAACACUUCAGCAGUCCAUCAAUAGCUUCAAGUGCCUCGCUAGUUUCCUCGACUUUUCUCUUGCAAUCAGAGAUCGAACGAAAAGAAUGGCUUCUAUUCUAAAAGGGUUUUCGCCAAAAUCCAUAUCUCUUUAACACGAUUUUAAGGAUUCCAGUGGGAUAUUUGUAAAAAAUUGCUAUUAUUCUUGGAAAAUUUACAAACAAUUUCAAGGAUAAAGC